AUGAUAUUAAUUGGCAAUACAUUUUUAAGUGCAUUAAUGUCUGGAUGUUGUAUGUUGAGUAUAUGUUUAACAACGUUUAAAAACGAUCUUGAACAAAUUCAAUUUCAAGAUUCAUUUUGUACUUUUCGAGCAUAUAUUGCUUACGUAUCAGGCGCUCUAUUCAUGAAUUCAUUGUUGUUACAAGCUAUUCAUCGAUAUUUUACGGCUGUUUAUCGAAAUCAUUUAUAUUUUCAGUCAAUUCGAUUUCAAUUUUUACUGAUUUGUUUAAUAUGGAUACUUGCUUUGUUACAUCCUAUUCCAACCGUAGUCACUGGUGACAUUCAUUACAAUGUUGACAAUCAAAUUUGUCAAAUACAUCUUGGAUUCUCCUUUUCAACAAUUUAUAUAUCAUUAUGUAGCUACGGAAUUCCUACUUCAUCCAUUAUAUUUAUUUAUUUUAAAUUAGUUCGAUAUGUGCGUAGCAUGAGUAGUCGUAUUACACCUGUAAACACUUUAUCUCGUGCAAAAAGAGAAUUAAAAAUGGUUCAACGUAUAGUUAUACUGGUAGCUAUAUUAGUUAUACUUGGUUUUCCAUUUGUGUUGUUCAUUUUAAUGUCAUUUUUCACAAAUCCACCGAAAUAUCAUUUUCGAAUCGCUUAUCUAUUUAUUGAUGUAUCAUUAGUAUUGGUCCUAAUGGCUUUAUUUCAGUUUACUGAACCACUUAAAGCAUCGAUGAUGAAAAGAAUAAAUAGGCAAUUAAAUAUGGUAGCAGCAAUUACGUGA